ACACCAAUCUCAUCACACUGCCUACACUCUUUUGUCCAGGUCCAAAUGCUCAAGAUACAGCUUCUCUGCACGAUAACAUUAUGCUGCACAUGCGCAACGACCAUCGCUCCCCGUCGCCAGUCGGAGUGAGCAAUGUUUUGAAGUAAGGAACCCGUACGGACGGGAGUUAUUUACGUGUCAUCUGUGACUUCGGCCAGCAGCCAGCAGCCUACCAGUGGGAUUCGCCCAAGGAUUUGCAUGGGUCCAGGAAAGGGGUGCCAUUUUCGCUGGGGCACACAGGAAAAGCAAAAAUAACCAUCCAUCCUUCGGCUCAUUUCCUGCGAAACGGUUCCUGCAAAAAAAAAACGUUCUACCCGCCAGCCAGCAAAUCCAAUUUUUCAGUUCAAUCUUUAGCAUCGAAAAAGAGCACCAACUUUCGACUGUAUUUGAAAGCUUUCGGAAGCCAUCGUACAGGAAGCAAGACAAAACGCGCAACUAAACGGUGGCAAAUUAUGAAACCUGCAUUAUCAGCGGCAUAUGGCACUGGAAUCAAUCGACCUAGAAUUUCCCGCACCGGAACUAGUGGCGUAUGCAUAAUCUGUACGCGAGCGUAGGCGAACACUUUCGGUAAGAAACACGCCUUCGAAAAGAGUUAAGUUUCGCGGAAACAGUUACGAAACUGGAUCACGAGCCUACCGAAAAUGGAGAACUACCACCACGGCACGAUCACGUUCGAACUACCAUGGAAACGGUCCACCGCCCUAGUGCUGUGGGUGUUUUUGAUGUUGCUGGUUGUGUUUGCUGAGCGAACGUCCUCCACCACUUCCGGCGAGGAUGAUGAUGCGGCCACGCUGGUUCGUGGUACCGGAAUUCAUUAUGCUGCCUUGUCCGGACCGGGCCUGGCAGCGGAAAUGUUGAAAGCACAUCCAGCCGGUGCAUUUUCGGUUGAUGACGGUUCGCAACCCGUCUUUCCGGAACGACCGGAUGCGGUGUACUUUGCGGUGGCAGUGAAUGGUGGCGCGAAGCUGUGGGGCCGUACGUUAGCACGCACACUGAUCGAUAUGGGGCCACCGUUCGGAAAUCCGCAGGGACCACCGUUGAGGCCUAUCUACAUCAACCUACCGGACAGUGGACGGUUUUCCUCGAAGCUUAUGACGACCGCGUGUGAUUCGAUCGACGGUAUGCCACUGGCGGGGAUGGUUAUCGUUGGCGAUAGCCCGGCAGCCAAAUCGCUAGCGAUGGCCGGCAACGCCAUGAAGGUACCCGUACUGUGGGCCAAGGGAGGCAUUGCUACUCUGCAUAACUCUUACGAUGAGCUAUCAACCAAAUUACAAGCAAUACUGCAGCCAUCCUCUAGGGAAAUUUUUGAAGCCAUUAGAGCAACCUUUUUACAAGUUCACUGGCACUCAUACCAUAUUCUGUGCGAUGUCGAUACAUACGUUCUAAUAAGCGGCAAAAAAGGAGCGCCACUGCGUCAGAAACCACUGAACCCAAUUAUAGUUACACUACCAACGAACUUCGAUUUGAUUUACAAGAAACUAGCGUACAUUUCACGAUCUACAAAAGGAGUGGUUUUGGUGCUGUGCAAUCUGAAGGUCGCUCGGCUUAUAAUGGCCGAAGCGCAGCGUAUGAAGAUGCUAAACGGUCACUUUGUGUGGCUGUGGAUGGAUACGACUUCGGCAACCGAGUUCUACGAUUCCGGUCAACCUUCGUACGAUGUAAAGCAACCGCUAGAUGUAGGUCUCGGAGGACGUAGCGAGCUGGAGACCGACUUUUACGACACGUUCGAUAUGCGACAUCAGUCACACCUGGCCGAUCUGGUCGAGCGAAGGAUGGAAUUUGAGGACUUUGAUCCACGGUUGCGCAAAAACCGAACACGCACGUAUCUCGACAGCCACGCGGCACGGUUUGGCAGUGCGGCACUGGUCAAUCCCAAACCGGAUGUUACGGCCGAUACGUUGCCGGGUAGUUCGAAACAUAGCAAAACACGUCGACCGUCGGAGAAGUCAAAGAAUGGUCGGGCUAAAGUGGGAACCUCCAAUAACAACACCGUGGUUAAUGUGGCCCGCCGAACGGAGCGAUUCGAGGAGCUCACGGAGGAAUCGGAUGAGUUUGAAGACUUUGAGGAUGAACGAACGUUGCCACUGAGCGUUGCCACGGACGAUGAGCAGUACCAAAUCGGUCCAGAUAGUGAGUCGGAGAUGAAACUCAAGCGUAGCAGCGAGUACCUGAAGUUACACAACUCUUCCGGACACGUGCUGUUCCAUCACAACCAAGACUUCCCGGUAGGGUUGCUCGCACUCCGGCCGAUCAAGAUGAAAAUUGAUCGUCACUUUAUUCGUGCGGCCGUGCGUUUGUUUGCGGCGACAUGGGCAAAGGUCGAGCGGGAUGAUGCACCGGUCGUGGGCAAAGGAAGACCAACGGGACGGGAUGGUCCGGUACCGAUCGGUACCGGUCGUGGUAAUACGCAGGACCAAUCGAAAGUACCACGGGGUCAACAGCGACCGGUGCAGCUGCAGCAGAAACGAUCCGUUGCUGCACAUCCGCCGUUGACCACUGUCGAGCGGGGAGAUACGAUUUUAACAUUACCAGUUAACAGUGCAAAUACACAACAAAGUGUUCAGCAGUCCAGUUUAUUGGGCCAACGGACGGUGGUGAUGGUGGACGGUGGCCAUGGCGGGUCGCCGACACAAACGACACAGCCAGUGCACGAAACGAACGAUAUUAUUUCGCCUAUAAGCAAUAGUAGUGCAAAUUUACGUGAUGUCAGUAGUACAAAUAGUUCUAGAGUUAAACGUCAAAGCACCUGGUGGUCAGCGACCACGAAUCAUAAGUAUAACCCAGAGCGGGGCGGCAGUGGCGGAAGCGGUAGUCGAAGUCGUGGUGGAGCUACGCGGUACAAGGGUGGCUGCAUGGGUACAAUUAAUCGUGCCGAACAGGCCAAGGCGUACAAUUUUGCAAAGAAUUUGCAACUGAAUGCCCGGCAAGCGCUAUCAGGAUUCCCAAUAGCAAGUGGGUUCAUAGAAAAGUCGCUCGUUAGUCAUUUUGAAAUGCUGAACCUCGUACCAACAACGAGACAAUCAUCAUCAACACCAAAGGGAGAUUACCAUACGGACACACGGGGAGAAGCAGCAAGAUAUGUCAAUCCAUCGGUGAAUGGUACUGUUCCAGGUAGUGGCAUGGCCAGCAAUUCAGCUGGAUCCACAACCACUACCAAGUGGCGUCGUGUGGGACUUAUUACGGGUCGCUCGGUACAUCUGGACACGAUCAUAUGGCCCGGUGGAGAUGUAACCGUAUCAGGGCUGGCUGGCAAGGCAAAAACUAUGUUCAGAGUGGUGGUUUCGGUAGCACCACCGUUUGUAAUGGAAUCUCCGGUCAACGAAGAGGGCCAAUGUUUGCGGGGUCUUAUCUGCUACCAAAUAUACACCACUGGACGACACAAUCUGACGCUAAUGUUUAACGAAAUUGAGCGACGCAAUCGUUUGAAGGAAAUCAAUCAAUCUCCGAACCACUACCAAGAGGACCAGCGUCAACCGUAUCCGCUGUAUCGAACACGCUGCUGUUAUGGCCUAUCGAUGGAUUUGCUUCAGAAACUGGCGUCGGAAAUUAACUUCGAUUUUCAUCUGUACAUCGUGCACGAUGGACUGUUCGGGCGGCGAAUACCUCCACCGCCACCGGAACAGUCGGGAGCAUCAUCAAGCGUUAGGAAACCGACCGUACCGAGCUAUGUGGAAUCUAAAUCAAAGUUUGACGCACAAUCGGGAAGAAGCUUAAAACGUGGAUCUAAGUUGAAGCUGUCGCAGGCUGGUAUGAAUAUCACCAGAGAAGAAAUGUCACCAUACCCCUUCGAAUAUUCGACACCUCCACCACCACCGGUGCACCCGAGGCAACAAUGGAACGGUGUUAUCGGAGAUCUGAUAUCCGGUACGGCUGAUCUUUCCUUUGCACCGCUCAGCGUCUCUAAGGCUCGUUCGGAGGUGAUCGAUUUUACGAUACCAUACUUUCAUGGUGGUGUAUCCUUGCUGGCCGCACCGGAAGCGGCUACCGAUAUACCGUUACUAGCGUUUCUACUGCCCUUUUCGCCAGAGCUCUGGAUAGCCAUCUUUACCUCGCUUAACGUUACCGCUGUUGCAGUAGCGAUCUACGAGUGGUUGAGUCCAUUCGGCCUGAAUCCCUGGGGACGGCAGCGGAGCAAAAACUUUAGCAUGUCGUCGGCACUUUGGGUAAUGUGGGGUUUGCUUUGUGGACAUCUGGUCGCAUUCAAGGCACCCAAAUCGUGGCCCAACAAAUUCCUCAUCAACGUGUGGGGUGGCUUCAGUGUCAUAUUUAUUGCGUCCUACACUGCCAACAUUGCGGCGCUGAUAGCGGGUUUGCUAUUUCAUAACGAAGCAAAAUACUACGAAAUGUCGAUGUUGACGCAACGUGUGGGAUCACCGAUCGCUACAGCAGCCGAAUCGUAUGUCCAGCAGAACGAUAAGCGACUCUGGGAGCACAUGAAAAAGUAUCAACUGCAAAGUAUCGACGAAGGCAUCGAAAGGCUAAAAAACCGCACCAUCGAUCUGCUCAUGUGUGAUACACCCAUACUGGAUUACUAUCGCGGUACGGACCAGAGUUGCUCCCUGCAGCGAAUAGGUGAUAAUUAUAUUGAAGAUUCUUAUGCAAUAGGGAUGUCCAAAGGGUUCCCGCUGAAGAAAACAAUGUCGGCAUUAAUCUCGAAGUAUUCCAACGACGGCUAUCUGGACAUACUGACAGCAAAGUGGUACGGUGAUCUACCCUGUUUUAGGCUGGAUCGCGAGAUGGCGCAACCGAAACCGCUUGGUGUAACGGCGGUAGCCGGUGUCUUUCUGCUCUUGGGUGUUGGCAUGGUGCUCGGUGUACUCAUACUAAUCAUCGAGCACGUGUUCUACAAAUAUACCCUUCCAAUACUACGCCACCAGCCAAAGGACACGAUCUGGAAGAGCCGCAACAUCAUGUUCUUCAGCCAGAAGUUGUACCGCUUCAUCAACUGUGUCGAACUGGUGUCACCGCAUCAUGCCGCCAAGGAGCUGGUGCACACGAUCCGCCAAGGACAGAUUACGAGCCUGUUCCAAAAGAGCGUCAAACGGAAGGAGGAUGAACAGAGACGCCGGCGCAAGAGCAAGGCCCAGUUCUUCGAGAUGAUUCAGGAAAUACGCAGAAACAUCAAACUCGACAGGGUGCAGUUGGAUACGGACGUGGACGCAUCGCUGUCGGCAACGUCGGAAAGUACCUCCCAGGCGCUACUACCAGAGGUACAUCCGGCCGGUACGCGCCUGUCAGCAUCGGCUUCCACCAGCAGACGUGCCAGCCCGGGCCGUUUAUCACGUGCCGGGUUUGGUUUCGGGAAGUCCCGGGACGGAGGAAGCAAAAGUUCGUCAUUCUCUUCGUCGCUCAACGUGCGCCGGUUUAGCACGGACAGCAUCAUCAGCGAACGACUCGGGACGAUCGGACGACGGCUUAGCCGUGAUGCGGCCACAAGCUCACCGCCGGAUUUGUCGCAUCAUUUCGAAACAUUCGGUAAGGGUAGCUCGGCGGAACAAGGCUCCAAGUUUGACACAUACUCGGGUAAGAACAAUAGCAAGGAAAACAUUUCCGUGUUCAAGUGUGACACGUUCAAUGGUAAACUGACGCCUGGCGCCAGUGGACUAGACACGGUGGACACUGCCAGGGACCCGACGGCGGAGGGGCGCAUUAAACCAGACGGCGAGGAGAAACCGAUCCUACCGGUAAAGACCAAGAAACGUUCCCGCCGUUCGCCUCUAAAUCUCGAACUGUACGAAACGGGCCGGCGGCGGCUUAUUCCGAUUAACGAACGGGUAGCGCAAGGACUGGCACCUCCAUUUCUCGAGGCAGACACCGGUAGUGCGAUGUUGCGCGAUAAGCUGCACGAGGAACUGCGGCUAAAAUAUGGACAAACGCGAUGGAAGAGUGCGCAGGUGGAGGAGGUAGUAGUUACCGUGUCGGGAGCGAACGAGUCGGGGGGGAACCACGCCGGUGGCAAACCAAGGCGGCCCAGCCGCCGUACAUAAAUAAGAAGUAAGAUUAAAAGCAAACACCAAAUGCUAGCGUAACCGUAUAGGCAUCUUAGUUGCGUGACGCACGUUUAGAACGUGAUGGCACCAAUAUCCUCUAAUCGAAUGUAGCGAAUAUUGGUAUCUAAAGGUGAUACGAAACACUCAAAACUUUAACACCUGAUAACAAGGAACCUGAAAUGGGAUUUUUACGCAGUGUACGUGGCGAAUGGGUUUCUUUCCGAUACGCCACGGCCAAUUAGGGAGCCCAUUCCAGUGGGCCCAUUUAGAAAAGAUCUCCAUUUUCUACGCAGAUCGUUAAUUACUUACACGGCGCGAAUGUAGCGCGAGCAGGCGCGAGUGCAAAAAGGGGCAAGCAACAAACUGUAGCAGCUACUGCCAGUUUUAAUGUGUACGUAUCCUCUCAGUGAUCACUAUCGAAAGGGAUGAAUUUUAGAUCUAUUUUGUUUAAUAUUUUGCCUAUCCUGGCGAACGGUCUGUUCUCUCGGAAAUGCUGAAAAAGACAAAACAGAAACAAAACAAACAAAAUCUCACACAAAACAAACCGACGAAGGACGGCCUGAUGUUACAAUGAACAUUUCUUCUAUCUGUCGAUGACAGCAUUAUCUGUGUCUCUAGGAGUGCCUACUUUAGUAUAAAUAUGGUUAGCUAGCCUACUCCUGUGUUCAGUGGACAUUAGGUUUUCUACGCUGAGGAUAUGCUCCAUUCCGAUGGAAUGCGGGGAUCGAAUCGUUUUGUAGUAUUGAGAGCGGGGCUAAAAGUGUAGCGAUUUCCAUUGACAGUUCAUCGAUUGAGUGUACACUUUAGUUCGACACGUCUGACAGUUGUGCAAGAUUAGUAUACUCGCUUUAGUAGCGUGUUAAACGUACAGAAUGCAUACUUUCAGGCGCAUACACUAAAGACACAAUCGAACGAUGAGUUGUCGGAGGAGAGCUGAGAUACUUAUGCCGUUACGAACUAUAAUGAUUUAUCGACCUAAUAUAGCAAUUGAUGUCUUCUGUAGUAGCUUGGGAGUGUAAUAAGAAGUGUGUGAGUGUGCGAGCGCUUGUGAGCGUGAAGACUUAAACGAACGUAUAGUGUCGAGCUACCGAAGGUGUAAGGCAUAUGACGAUAUCUCGGUCACAAAAGCCGUCAUACGAUACUUGAUAUGGUUUACAUUACUUUAGUUAUCGUGUCGUAUUGGAAAUGGGUGCUUAAAAUUAUGGUAACAUAAAGAAAAAACAUGUGUGGUCCAAUUUCAAAAAGCAAUUGUAAUUGUUCUUUAUUCUCUGAUGAUGCACGUCGUAAACUGUCAUACGUACAAUUUUACUACUUAUAGAAAGCACGUACGAUACUUGCAAACAAAAAAAUCUUCGGCAGUGAAAACAACAACAUUGAAGUUCAAAAUUGAAUGUUUAAAACAUUACCUUUACAUUCAACGUAAACAUGUUGUAAUUAACUUGGUUUAAAGCUCCGUUUUGCGUAUGAUCACUUUUUCUAACACUGUUGAAAAACAGUAAUACUACGAGUAAUACUUCUUCUUACAUUAAUGUUGGAAACUGUUUGCACUCUUGCGGCUUAAAGCCUAAAGAACGAAAACGAGACGCUAUGCUGACGGUCGAUGGUAGGGAAGGGUAGGGAAGUAAAUAGACUUAAAUGAAGCAAAAAGUACACUAACAUCAAGAAAUGGUCUGAAUUAUAAGUUGUACGAAUUAGGCGAAUCAAAAUAUAAGAAAAAAAAACAGUAACAAUACUAUAUUUAAUACUAAGGUAGCUUUAAGAGAAGAUAGUAAGAGUACGUAAAGGGAAAGAAAACCAAAACAAACUACUAUUACACAUACGUGAUGGACAUUCAUUACGUGUGGAAACUGUGUCAUUUAGACUAGUUGAAUUUCAAAUGUUGGCCGUUCCUAUUGUUCGACUUGAUGAUGAAGGCAAAGGACAGGGACAGUCGACUGACAGAACGAAAAUAGCCCAAAAACUGCAUGAAGUUCGUGCCAAAUGUGCGCGAAAGAUCUAUUUUAGCAUUGAGUUUCUUCUCAAAGCAUUAUUGCGAUUGAAUGUGCGAUGAUUUUCACCAAGUUGAUAUAGUUCUAUACGAAACAGGACUUACACACUGAAACAAUGAACAGCAACACGAAACCAAAAAAUCGAAACCACUCUUACGGAUCGUCAAAAAGUUUUUUUUAAAAACGAACUUCAACCACCAUCUAGUAUGGGAACUUUUUGCAAUACGGAAACAAAGCAAACAAAACGAUAUGUAGAAGUAACAUCUCUAAAAACGCCAAAUAUAAGUAAUUAGUAUGAAACAGAAAAAGAAAAAGAACAAAAUAUUAUAUUGUCUAUUUAAGAGUUGUCGUAAUUUGAAAUUGGGAGAAAAACAAAAAAGAAAACACCGUUUAGAGAAAGAUAAUGCGUAGCGUAUUUGUUUUCGAUAUUUUCAAAUGUAUUAGAAAAUGUUAGGGAAGAUGUAAAGGUGCAACAGGAGAGACAAAUGAAAUUGAAGAAGAAAAAAAAACAAAACAAAAAACAAACUAACAACUCUAGCACUACCAAUAGAUUUGUAGAAUUGGAAUUAUAAGACUAGAAGCAAGGACAUAGCGUACUAGGUAUACAUACAUCUGAAUACACCACUUUACAUACGAAUACACUCUUUUAACAACACUUUCUCCUACACACACACACACUCACACACGCAUAUUCCGACGACGAAAAACAACAAAAAUGGUGUGAUGGAAAUCUUAUGAUACAAACAAUCUUAGUUCGUGUGGCACACUUUACCUCCAGAAUUGCCUAUCAUUUUAUCCCUUGGGUGCCGGAAAUGAGCCGUCGAUCAGCUGCGGGAAGGAUACUUAGCUUAGCAAUGGAUCUACUUAAGUAGUGUGGAAAUUAUACUAACGAUCAUGAAUUGGGUUUACACACCGCGUUCCUUAUCAUGAAUGAUAGAUUAGUAUAAUUUAUGUUUCGAAAAUGCUUACAAGCUGCCGAACAGAAUCUACGUAUAGAUUAUCCUUACGUUCCCACCCCUGUACACGGUUAGUUUGUGUUAGAUUAAAUACUUAAACAAAAUCACUCCACUCUGUAAGUGCCAAAAUGUAUCCAAUGUUUAGUGAUCGUGAUCUUUCACAAGCGUGUUAAACCUAAUCCCGAUCGGAUUACUUCAGCACAAUCGUAAACUAGCGUGCGCGCGGACUAGUAUCCUUCCCGGAAGCUGUUCCCGGAAUCAGAAAAAGAAAGAAAGAAAAAACAAAAAAAUGUCUGUUUUCCAUUUUAAUAGAGAGAAGAAGAAAAAGAAACUUUUGGGAAGUGCACCGUGUUUAGCACAACCGAAACGAUAUUUACCGCAAACGCUCGCACAACAUUUCUAGUGAUCUUAUUAUAGCCAAAUUGUUUAGCCCUCUUCCUUCGAGAUGGAUGUGUUACGAACAGAGUUAGAUAGUUUGAAUGAAACUAGUGAAAGCAGCACACCAACGUGCGUGCGUGAAUUAAUAAUGGUUAGGUUUGAAAGAGUUUGGAAAUAAAGUAGAACACAAACACACGUAUACACAAAACAACAAAAGCAAAACGUGAAAGCAAGACACAGUUUCGAAAUGUUCCCACUCUCGCAGGAAAUGUGGGGUUUUGUUGUGUUGUGUUACGGUUUUUAGCACAAAUAUUCUCUCUUAUACUGUUCUAGAUGAAAAUGCACACGAAACAUAAUUAUAACAAUAAAAAAAAAACACAAGAGGCAAGAAAGACAUGAACAGUCUCUCUCACCUAUAGAGCGGAGACGAUAGUGUUCUAUUUACUACGAAAACUAGUUUUCCAAUUCGAUUGCGAACAGAUAGCAUAGUGAUGAAGCUGCACUUAUAUAGUACACACACAAUACCGACACACUGCAACCAUACAUCCAUACACCCGAGUACGCCAUUCAUUUACAGAGAGAAAACAACAAAAACUACACCAUAGUAAAAACAAAACUAUAUAUAUUUGUAGAUAAGAAACUGUUAUCUUACCAAAUAAAAUCGGAAACGUCCAUUGAACCGCAA